AUGGAUCCGAGUGAAGGAGUGUACCAGCAUAUCGAUUCUACAAAAGAGAUCUGGAAAGCACUCCAAGAUAUGACUUUGGGAUCUGACAGGGAUCGGUGGUCCAUCCAUGAACAUGCUCGAGAAGUCUUCCAAAAGGAUCAUCGAACCUGUCUGGUGGCUAUGGGGCUUAAUCCAUAUCAUCAGAAUCCUGCAGGGCUUAAGGUUGCUCUACCUAGAGCUUGGCAGCUAACGGGAAAGGUUGAGAGCCAGAUCAACAAUAACGGAACGGUGAAUUUCUACUUCGAAAGCGAGCACCAUAUAUUGAUGGUUAUGGAGAAGGCACCAUAUACUUAUCGUGGUUGGUUAGUCGCUUUGGAUAUAUGGAGUAAUCAAAGCAAGCCCGACUUCCUACGCACUAUACCUUUCAAGGUUAAGAUACUUAAUCUUCCUAAUAUGUAUCGAAGGCCAGAGAUAGUUUGGAGCAUAGGAUCCAAGUUGGGACAUGUCAAAGAAGUAUUGAUCAUAGAACCAACCGUGAAUAGAGCGGCAGAAGUUUCAGUGAAGAUUGAUUUUAAUGUUGAUCACCCGAUCAUUUUAACGAAGAAAGUUGAAAUCUUCACCAAUACUCCACCUGCUGAUCUGAGCUUUAGAUACACCGGUCUCCAGAAGUUCUGCAUCAUUUGGGGAGUCUGA